AUGUCGACCGGUCGUUCUAGAGGAAGCGACUAUGAUGACUAUGAUGACAACUUCAACAACAACAUCAACAACAACAUUACUAUCAACAUUAACAUUGACAACAAUUACAUCAACAGCAACUAUAUCAACGACAACUACAUCAAUAAUUACAUCAACAACAACAACAUCAACAACAACAACAUCAACAACAACAUUAUCAUCAAAAAAAAAAUCGUUCCCAAGUGCAACGGAACAAACUGGAAGAGCUACAUCAACCGUUACAUCAUCAACAACAUCAACAACAACAACACCAACAACAGCAGCAACAUCAACAACAACAACAUCAGCAACAAUGACGUCAACAAAAAUCACAACAACAAAAAUAAAUCACAACAUUCAGCAAUCAACAAGUUAACAGUCCGUAAAGAGAAUUUAAACAUGAAAAAUGCAUCAGCAGCAACAACAAACAGACACACAGAUUGCAUGCACAUACACGUGAAACAACGUGCCACACACUUCAGCAAUGUGAUAGCCUGGGAUCACCUUGCGAUCGAAGCCGGUCACUGCAUCUCUGCCAUCGUAGCGUCAUCUCUUCUGUAUGUCUUACGUAUGCAUAUCGUGUAG